UUUUUUUUCCCUGCCCUAACGCUAACCCGGCCCUUUCCCUCAUCACACGCCGAAUUUCUUUCUCCUCUGUUCUCGCUCGCCGCUCUCCCUUUCUCUUCCGUUAGCUGCUCUCGUCAUCGCUGCUUUUCUCCUUGCUCCUCCCUAAUCUGCUCUCAGCGGCGCUCCCCUCCCUUUCUCCUCCCUCUGCUCUCGUUCGUUGCCGCUCCUCUCCCUAAUCUGCUCUCACUGUCGCUGGGAUCUUCACCCACGCUCACGCAUACCUGUGCCGCCGCCGGCCUCCACCACGAUUCCUCCACAGCACUGCCUACACGCUGUGAUUCUGCCUUUCUCCUCCCAAACUCAUUCUUGUCGUCGCUGCUCCCUAAUCUGCGGGUCUCACCGUGAUUUGUUGUGGAUUGGAAGAAUUUAAUAGUCACCUUGCUCCUUUCUACCUAAUCGAAUCAAACAGUAUCUUGGCAUGGAUUCUGGUUUAGUUGGUGUUCCACUUCCUAUGGAUAAGAUCUCUUUAAGAAAUCUUCAAGAAUCAAGUGCCAAUGGAUCUUGCAGCCAAAGGUGUCAGAAGUUUGUUGUUUUGUUGUCAGCAGGAAGUUUCAAUCCACCAACUUAUAUGCACUUGCGCAUUUUUGAGUUAGCAAGAGAUGUGUUGCAAGCACAAGGAUUUGUCGUGAUAGGAGGUUAUAUGUCGCCUGCAAAUGAUGCAUACAAGAAAAAGGAUCUUUUGCCGGCUAUGCAUCGAGUUCAGCUGUGUGAAUUAGCAUGCAAAAGUUCUUCCUUUGUCAUGGUAGAUCCAUGGGAGGCAAAACAAAACAGUAAUCAGCGCACUCUUACCAUCUUGUCCAGGAUACAAAAUUCCUUAUGCUGCAAUCUCUCCAUAGGAAAAGAAUCACUCAAAGUAAUGCUUCUAUGUGGAUCUGAUCUACUUGAAUCUUUUGCUAUUCCUGGAGUCUGGAUGCAAGAUCAGGUCAGAACUAUAUGCGAGGACUUUGGUAUUGCUUGUAUCCGCAGGGAAGGGAAGGAUAUUGAAAACAUAAUAUCUGCCAAUGAAAUUUUGCAGCAAAAUAAGAGUAAUAUUUUCUCAGUAGAUGAAAUUGUACCAAACCAGAUUAGCUCAACAAGAUUGAGGGAAUGCCUUAGGAAGGGACUCUCAAUUAAGUACCUAACUGCCGAUGAAGUCAUUGAUUACAUCAAAGAUCAAAAGCUUUACACAACUGGUUCUACUUGAUAUUUUUUAGAUCCUCUCAAGCAAAGAUGGUGAGAGAUGGACCAGAAUAAUGUUUUUCACCAAGUUGAGGUGGCAUGCAAACGCAGUAGCAGAUAUGGCCCCUUCGAUCCACAUGGGAGAAUUCUCAAUAAACCAUUGAUGAAAUAAUUUCCUUUGAAAUUUGAUUCAGUGUUGUAAUCUGUUAUAAUUUUAUUUUAUUUUAUUUAUGAAAUGUCAACUUAUAAGUUGACAAAAUGUGGAACUAGUGCAACGCAGAAAAUGAGUGCGAUAUUGACAAAGUUAUCACCAAGUUUGAUGCUAAUAUACUACGUUGGAUUAGAAGAAUAGAAUCGGAUGAAUUUGUUUUUUAGGGAAUGGCAUGUAAGGAAAUGUAUAACCUUUUAUUUAUUUAUUGUUAGAUUUACUUUGUCAUCAUUUUAAAA